AGCGAGUUGACGUGUAUAUGAGAAUAAUUUCUCACCAAUAUAAACAAAUCCUAAAAAAACGAGAAGAGUCGGAUAUAUAUUGCAUAGUAGUAGGAUUUCUCCACUGUAGUGAGCACUGUAGUGACUUGUGUGUGACUUGAGACUUCAAUAUAGGUAAAAAUGCCAGGAGAACAGCUGACUUGUGUUUGGCAAGCUAUAUAUGCUCAAGACCGACCCAACAGUGUAACCAUGAAUAAAGAAGUAUUGAAAUUGUUUCUGACGAAAGCGUCUCAAUAUGAAUCAAUUCAAUUUUCUGAGCGCAAAUUUUUCGACACGUUUUCAGAGGCGACUGUAAAAUUCGAUGAUUUCAAAGAGUAUGUAAAAAAAAAUAUUCGGGAACACGGUGUUGCUUUUUCGACAACUUGCAAUGAUUUGGAGGAAAUGAGUUGGAUCGACCUUAAAUCUGGAAUGAAUAGUAAACUUGAGACAGAAGACGUUUACAAACUAUGGCGCAUUUCUAAUCGUCUGAUGAAGGAAGACACUUACCCACCUGUGAUAUUCCGCGAGGAGGCAAGUUGGCUUUUAGGGAAAGUGCUGUCUAAUCUAGGACAUAAUUUCAAAUCUUCAGAUGAUGCCUUUAGAGAAGAUAAAUUUACUUUCCAAGAAAUGUUAUCCAUUAUGGAGGAUUUUGCCUUUUCCAACACGUCACAGCAACAGAUAAACACGUGUAUCGAUGGUCUCUUCAUGUGGUUGGUUGUAGAGGUUAUGAAAAAAGGCAAGGUUUACAAACGUACUAAGAAGCAGGCAAAUUGGACAAACUGGGUAAAACGUUGGUGUGUUUUGACACCUCAUUGUCUUCGAUACUAUAGUAAUGACAAUGAGUCCAACCAAAAAGGCGAAUUUACGUUCACCAAACAUACUAAAGUAGAAAGCCUUGAAAGGUACAGUGGUGUAAUGAAAAAUCUUAAAGGCAGGUUUAGGCUCGCGAAUAUCCCAGUGCUAGAAAUGGAGAUCGCCGUCGACGACGAAAAUGAGAAACGGGCCUGGUUAUCUGACUUAGAGGAAAUAAUUCAGUGCUUGAGAGAUAAGACAACGCCUGUUCAAAAACUCCUUAAGGAAAGGCAUUUGAAGAAUAUGGCAACAAGGGAUAAUAAAAAUGGAACAAUUGAACAAGUAGAGGAUAUCGAAUCAGCUCUUAAUAAAACAAAGCUUCGAGCUGAGAAACAGUCUAAAAAGCAAUUGUUCGACACCUCUAUCAAGGUAGUGGAACCAGAAGAGAAGACAAAACCAAAAGGUCCCUCCUUGGAAAAAGAAAGUACAGAAAAGAUAAAAGCAAUGUUUAUGAAAAUUGACACGAAUGGAAACGGCAUGUUGGAUAAGAAUGAAUUUGCAGACUUCUUAAAAGGCCUUGGGUUAAACAUGUCGGAAAAAGAAAGCAAUCUAGUUUUUAAUUCUGUAGAUACAAAUAAGAGUGAACAGAUUUCCUUUGAGGAAUUCCAAAUCUACUUUUGUAAUCACAUCAUGAAUGAAACUGAAACUGCAGAAUGCGUCAAUGUAAUGAGAAAGGCAUUUUUGGAGGCUGAUCGUGAUGGGUCAGGAACUUUGAACUUCCGGGAAUUUACGGAAUAUGUUUGGGAAAAGAACAGAAACGCAAAUAUGACAAAAAUUUUGAAGUCGUUUGCUAACGUUUCGACUGACGAAAUCUCGUUUGAAGAUUUUGAAUUGUUGGUUUCGGGCAGUGGAGCAGAGGUCCUUGUGCCAAUAUUAGAAGAGGAAAUAGAACAAGGUACUGAUUCAUCUCUAGAUGAUUUUGAAGGCCGCCUUCAGAAAGUGUAUGAUGACACAGAAGCAGAUGAACUUACUAUCUAUAUUAGAGAGCGAUGGAAUAAAUUUGCUUCAUUCCGAAGGGCUGGAAAGACAGGUUCUGUUGUUAUGACCGGUGGACACGGAAUGGUAGCAGAUAUUGUUCCAGGAGAGUAUAGCUUGAUUGACCUUGCUUGUUUCAGUGACCUGCCUCCAUUGGAACCAAAGCAUGCGGUCGUAAAAGACACACAAUGGUUAUCCAGUACAAUAUCCGGAAAAUCAGGAAAGAUGAUAUUUCCACUUGAAUUUGACAAGAAAGUACCAAUGGAACAGGCCACAUCAGAACUUUUGCGGUAUUAUGGCUGCAGUUUUGCUGAUAGUCAGCAAGAACAAAUAUCGUUGCUCUUCCGCCACGGAAUCCAGGAUUUCACUUAUGAAAACGGAUACUUGGAAAAGUAUGUAACGGCUACAAAUGGUGGGGCAGGGAUUGAAAAACAUGAUUUUUCACACUUAGAUUGUCCCUUGUCAGAAGAUUCGGGCUUUUUCAUUCUUGCAAAAUUCAUAGACAACGGCGACUUCCACAUAACAGCCUUCCGACUUCCUGUACGUCAUACACUGUAUGUACCCGGAGGAGUAAUUCAUUGUAACGACUACCUCAAAGGGACAUGGAGAACAAUGCUGUCAGAUGAAACAGACAUUGAUCACGUGCAUCUCACACACGUCGUAAAAGAAGGACAAGAAGAAAAGUUUAGAUUCCAGUUUACCUAACUGCAUAUUCCGAUCAAAUCACUUUGAUUUUGAAAUGUUUACAAUCCGUUUAUCAAAUUCAUUUCAUUAAAGUGGAUGUGGGUUGCUUUAGGUAAUUUUGUAAAUAGUAGAUUUUGAUAUUGCUUUAGAAAUACUAGUAGUAAGUUCACAAUGACACGUUCAAAUUGAACGAAAUAUGUCUCUAAAGAAUCCUCCAAUGAAAUGAUUCCCUUUCCGUCUUAUAUGAUUGCUGAAAAUAUUUGCUUUCCAAUAUGCAGGAAAUGUGAUAUGAUAUAGGGUUUGCUUCUCUUCUAACAAUUGUAACUAUUCAUUUGCGUUGAAGUUACAGCAAUAUACAAUUAAUACUGUUAUAGAGUUUUUGAUGAAAUGGUUGACAUAUGUAUUAUUGUGCAAAUAUUCAUAAACCUUAACUAAUGUAGUAUUCAGGAAAAAUGAGAUUGCAAACAGGUACUUUGUGUCUUCAUUGGACAAUUAACCAAUGUACUCUAACAACACGCAUCAAUGUGUACUCAUUCUAUUAUCUGUCAUCUACUAUAAAUGUUUAAAAUGCCUCUGUAGCGAACUGUUAUUUCUAUAAAUGUUGUUAAGGAUGUAUUCUUCUGACUUUUCAGUCUCGUUGAAAUCCCGUUCUGGAAUUAUUUCCAAAACUUGUGAUACAAAAAAAGUAAAAUCACAAAAAUACUGAACUCCGAGGAAAAUUCAAAAAGGAAAGUCCCCAAUCAAAUGGCAAAAUCAAGUAUUACAAGUGGAAAAUAUCAAUGAAUUUAAAAAAUAUUAUAAUCAAACGUAACUCUGUGAAAAAAUCGUGUAUUUAUAAUAAGUAGUUUUUGAGUAAUAAAAUUUUCAAAUUUUAUAAA